AUGGCAUUGGAGGUGACAGCACAGAAAGUGGAUCAUAAAGUGAUGAGUGUUCACUGGCCAGCCUAUGAGCCACACAGCCGCCGGACGCCUAGAGCGGACACUGUCUGGAUGGAGGAACACCGCGGCACCAGGAAGCAGCCAUGGAGAAACCGCCACCGGCUGCCUAGAAGGGCAAACCAAAGCAGGAAGAAACGCUGGGACUUGUACUUUGUGAAAGUGCAUGUUGCCAAGGAAAGUACAUCACCUCUCAAACUACAAGUACUAGAACAAUUUGAGGAACCUGUGGCCGUCACAAGGUUUCUGAACUUUAAUUCUGCCGCAAUCUGGGAUCCUCCAGAUGUUUGGGAUGGUAAUCUUCUUCCCUAUCCAUUCCGGAUGGGACUGAUGGACACUGUGAUCCCAAAUAUCUGGUGGGUUUCAGGGCGGCGGCGGGAAGGCGAGGCGCGGGCCCGCUGUUCCUCCUCCUCCUCCUCCUCCUUCUCCUUCUCCGCCUCUUCCUCCUCCUCCUCCGGUAUAAGAAGGCUGCGAGGCGGCGGAGGCAGGACCGUGGUGCCCAGCCUGGCUGCUCCUUCUCGCGCUCCGUCUCUCUCCUCCUCCGCCAUCGCCAUGCAGCCCUUGCGCUUCGCCGCCUCGCUCCUCCUGGCGCUGCUCCUGGUCUCGUCCGCCGCGGCGGAGUCGGUGAGAGAAACGGAGACUAUGGACCCACAGUUGUACGCUGGGGAAUUUUCUUCUGGAGACUUGCCAGAUGAUGAGGACUCGAGGACCGACUUCAUCAUUGAUGAUGAAGAUGAAAGUUCAGGUUCAGGGGAUACAGAAGGCUAUUCAGAUACUGAGAACAUUUUGCGCUCAAAUACUGACAGUUCUUCAGUCAUCAGAGACAACUAUAUCCCUGAUUCCAAACCAGAGAUCAAGGAUAAGAUUGAACCUAUGAGAGAAAAUGAGAUUAUUGUACCAAAAAAAGCUGCACCCCCCGGAGCAGAAGACCUGGACAAUGAGAUCUCAUUGGCCAGUACAGCCAACGGCAGCAUUCUUGAGAGAACAGAAGUUCUUGCAGCUCUCAUUGCAGGUGGAGCAGUUGGGCUGUUGUUUGCUGUCUUCCUGAUUCUUCUCCUGGUUUAUCGCAUGAAGAAAAAGGACGAGGGCAGUUAUGACCUUGGCAAGAAACCAAUCUACAAGAAAGCGCCUACAAAUGAAUUCUACGCCUAAGGCUUGCCAACGCCACAAUAAUCCACUUGGGAGUCAGAAGCGUACUUUGUUUUUGUUUUUUUUCCUCUCGUUUUUGGUUGUUGUUUUUUAAGCAUUUGGACCAUGGACAAAAAGCUCUGAAACAAAUGCACUCUUGGAUUGAAUGUCAAAGUGAUUUUUAAAAAAUCUUCCUUUGUGACCCUUCCCAAUAACUAAUGAGGAUGCAGAGUAAAAAGGCAUAGUGGUGGAAGGGAGCCCAUGCAGGGUAUGCCUGUGUUCUAAAAUGCAAAGCAAACUUGCCAAAUUUUAUAUUUGGUUCAGUAGAAGGGAGGGGGUUAUAUGUUUGCAUCCGGUUAUAGUGCUUCAACUUGCCUUGUUUUGUAGAAGGUUUAAACUCUGACUGUAAGCUUGUCCUUUAGCAGGCCAGCCAAUAUAAGGCAUGUUUUUUUAAAAAUUAGGAGCUUAUUUAUGAAAUGUCCUACACUACAGUGUAAAUCAGUCUUAGAAGCUCUGUGGAGCUCAGCAUCACUAUAUAAAUGCGUGUCUUAGUUCGAGGAAUGGCUACAUGCAAUGGAUUGCUUCUUUUGUGGAAAGGAGCUUAGUAGCCUCCAAAAGCAAAACAUUGAUGGGAGAAGCUCUCCCAUAGUCAGAUGGAGUUUUAAUUGAAGAAACAUAUUUUUAUUGUUUGAAUGAAACCCUCUUUUAAAAAUAAAAGUUAAACAUAGCCUGCCUAUACGAGUUUCUAGGAAAGAGUCCUACAUUUAUGUUUUUCUCUUAAGGCUGAAUUUUUAAUUCUUUGUUUCCUCUUGCUGGGCUUCUCUGUAGAUGACUGGCAUUUCAUAUCACCACCCAUUGCCUGAACUCCAUCAGCAAUUACAGUGUGUUACAGCUUUCUAAGCUCAUAUCAUAGGUUACUUUAGAGAUCUGAGAAGAAAAUAUUUAUGUUUUUUCCAGAAUAAAAAGCAAAGAUGUGUUUGAUUUUUUUUAAAAGAUAGAACUAUUUAUAGUUUCUAAGAUGGCUGCUCCGUUUUUGGUAACUCUUCUUUUUAUAUGUAAAACACUAAUAUAAUGAAACCUCCUAAUGAUUGUGAAAACUAUUUAAGCUUUAUUCUGUGUAUUAUACCCUGAAAGCAAUAACCUCUGCUAGAAUUAAUGUUUAUAUGCAAAAAAAUCAGAUUUCUUUGAACAUGACUAAAAUAUAAGGGGGGAGGGGGAAUGUUUUUUAGCUUUGUAAUAUAUUAUCAGUGCUAUAGAGCUUUAUUUUUUCAGUAAAGUGCACAAUUUUUAUAAACAUACUGGAAUGGAUUUUGUGCAGCCUUCUUACAUGGGUGAUGGGUUACCUGCUUUGACUUGGGGUUACGGUACUUUCAUGUCUUCAUAUUCUCAAUGGAGUCCUCAUUUAGUGCUAACUAUUGGCACCUGAGUACAUCAGCUAGGUGCGUUGAGGUCUAAGCUUUUGCCCUUGGCUUAGCUGCUUUCCAACUGUAGCUCUUCUGGCCAGCUCAGGGAGUAACCCAGAGAACAUCCUUUGAAAGCACCUGGUACGAACAGUGACUUUUUUCUGAAGUUGUCUUGCCAUUUUUAGGCAAACACAUAGAGACUCUGGUACUAUAGCAAGCCCUCAUUCUAUCUUUAGAAUCACAAGCUUUCAGAAUUCUCAAUAUCACGUUCCUCUUUCUCUUCUGGAGAAGUUGUCCUUUUGUAUAAGUCCCUCCCAAAAGAACCAGCUGGCUGUAUUCGAUAUGCAAUAUUGGCAUAUUCAGGGAGGGGAUCUUUAUUCAUCCAUGGCUAUAUCAGAAUAUUACAGAAUUACAUUGGUGGUGGUGCAUAAGAGGACAGUGGGAAAUGGAAAACUGGUACAUGAGAUCAAGCCCUCUUUCAUAGAGUGUGGAUGCAGCUCAGAGUUUUUAAUAGACUAUCAUGCAAAAACCUGCCUUAGUGCAGUAUUAGACGAUCAGUUUGUGUAUAUUUGUUAAUUUCAGUCAUUUCAAAAGUCCCCUCCCUAGUUUAUUGAUGUAAUCCAUCAACAUGGAUGUCUCAUCCUUCUCAAUUUCUUUUUCUUUUUGAAGGGAAUUGCCCAUACAACAGGGCAUGUGAAUGCUUGUAUUUUAGCUUGCCAUGUAUGGGAAUAAGAACUGCAUUGCACAAGCCAUCUCUGAUCACACAGAACCUGACAUAACCCUGCAUUUUUAUCUGUUUGCAGCUUUUGAGCUGUAGCUUCUGAAAACCUUAAAUAGUCUUAACAUGCGACUUCCUUGUCCUCGUGUUAAUAGAAGGUCCAUCAAUGCUCUUUACCAAUACUCAGAGCACCAUAAAAUUGGUCUUCCAGUUUUCAUUUGAGAAUGAAUUCAUAUUGUGAUUUUUAUCACAUCCUUCUGGGAUUGCUACAGUGAACAUAUGGGUAAAGUUACGUCUGUGGAAAAGAUUCCACUCUGGUAUAAGCACAAGUCCUUUAAAACUGCUUCUGGAACUGUUUAGUUUGGCAUGGGGGACCGGGGAGGAGUAUGUACUUAACACUUUUCUAUAACUGUUGCUUGGAAAACAUGAAUCCCAUGUCUGCCUCUGAUUGCUUGGAUUAUAUUUCUUGUAUAGUUGCUUUUAUUUUCACUGUCACUGAUUUGAUAAAAUAAACUGGUACUUUCUAAAA